ACUAGAGUGUCUCAUUGAACUCAGUAGAACUUGUAAGCAAAUACGCUUAGGAACACUCUGUCAGGGUGUACCUCAGGUGUGACAUUGACAGUGCCUUUCAACGUUGUACUGCUGCAUAAUGGAAAGAAACUGAACAGGUGCAUGCCCUGUUACUGUUGGAGAAAGUGUUACCUAUUGAAUUUCUUCUUGUCAGGAGGAAAGGUGGCUUAAAUCUAACUUGGAAUUGCCCUUGUUUUGAUUAACGUGUAUGCAAAUACAUUCAAGGAAACAAAAUUGGUUGGGAUAUCUAUUUUCCAAAUCAACAUAUUCUCAGCAAUAACUUCUCUGUUCCUAGACUGUGUAAAUAGCCAGACAUUUUCUUGGCAGCGCCCCCAUUCGCUUGCUUGUUUUAAAAAGUAUUUUUACUUUGCUCUUCUUCUUUUUUAAAGGGCUCUUAGAGCAGCUUACAACAAUCAUAAGAAGACAGUCCACACCCUUGAACUUUCAGUCUAAAAGACGCAGCCCAAAAGGAAAAGGGAUUGGGCAGGACAAGGAAAAAAACUAAAUUCAGACACUAUUUCUUAUAAGUGUUAUUUCAAAUAAGUUUGAGUAAGAGCUUUCUUCUAGCACGUAAGGUUGAAGCAAGCUCCCUGCAGCUGCUCUCUCUCUGGCCAAGGGACGGGACCAAGUUGGUCUCCACUUUGGCAUGAUGUGGGUGUGUAAACAGCAGUUUCCCAGUGGACCUUGGUUUCCUGGCCACAUGCCUUUAAAGCUGCAAAGUAGGCAGAAAGCAGCAGGUACUGCUUUUCUUCAGAUGCGGCCUAAAGAACAUAGAGCUUUGAUCCAUUUAAGGUGUGCAUCCUCAUUCUGUGCCCCCAGGCUGUGCACUUCCUUGUAAGUCUCUCUUUUGCUCUGUUGCCCACACCUUUAGGGAUUCUGCUCUUCUGAAGUGCCUUCUUUUAUCCCUUUGUGGAUGUGGCUGACCUCGGCUUGAAGUUCCAGUUAUAACCCUGCAAACAGUCUCCAUAGGCUCUUGCUCUCUUGCACUCUGCGCUGGCUGUUUCUUCUUUCUUUCUUUUAGCUUUUUCCUCCCUUGGGGCUUGUUCACUGGGGAGGGUUUCUGAGAAUGUGGGGCGUAGCACCCAUCAGGCCAUUUACAGGAAGGGGAAGGCUCCUGAGUCAGGGCCAGCUCGGACUGGGUGGGAGCAAUUUCCUAACUUGACAUUGCAUCAUACUGAUUUUUUAAAAACAAAAUAUUCUGAGUGUUUUGUGUCAGCUGGGACCUGGGGAAGGGGCCAACCCACUAGUUGAAGGAGCUGGAAAAGAAAGAGGUACUUAAGGAGGUCCACUCAGAUAAGUCUCCCAUGAGCAACUGUACCCCAGGCCCUCUAAACUUCUCCCUCCUCCAGAAUUAUUCCUGACACGUGAGCUCUGGGUAAAUAUUUGGCCAGUGGGGUCAGGGGGGCUCUGUGCCUUUGCUUCCUGCUGGGAUAUUCCUGUGUGCACAGCCCAGCUGGCAGAUCCAUUUAGCCAAGCUGCAAAGGCUGGUCCUGCCGGUGGGAAUCAUGCAGGCUGUGGGUGCUCUGCUCCUUCUGUUGGGCUGUACCUUCAGCACAGGCCAGCGUUCUCCUCUGAAUGACUUCCAGAAACUAAAAGCGACUAAGCUAAUCCAUUUGUCCUACCAGAGGGCGGAGCAGCCCAAGGCCUUAGAAGAGUGUGCACGGGGUUGUGUCUUGUGGCUUGACUGCAGAGCCUUCCACUACAACUUGCACAGUAAUCGAUGCCAGCUGCUGAAUUUCACCCAGAAUACACCCCACACUCAGUUGCAGAGGAAUGUCCACUAUGACCUCUACCAGAAAAAAGGUUACAUAAGGCGCUGCAUCAUGGGAAAUGGGACAAGCUACAGAGGGAACCAGUCGGUGACUGAGAAGGGGAAAACCUGUCAACAUUGGGGCAAAAAGACUCCGCACGACCACAGGUUUUCCCCAUCACGAUAUAAUGGGUUGGAAGAAAACUUUUGCCGGAAUCCUGAUGAUGAUGAGCAUGGCCCUUGGUGCUACACAACUGACCCUACAACCCGGCACCAAAGCUGUGGGAUCAAGAAAUGUGAAAAUGCUGCAUGUCUGUCAUGUAACGGGGAGGACUAUCGUGGCUUCGUGGAUCACACAGAGUCUGGCAGAGAGUGCCAACGCUGGGACCUGCAGCACCCUCACAGGCACCCAUACCAGCCAAACAAAUACCCCGAUAAAGACCUAGAUGACAAUUACUGCCGUAAUCCUGACAGUUCCGAGCGUCCUUGGUGUUACACAACAGAUCCAACUAAGGAGCGAGAAUAUUGCCACAUUCGGAAAUGCACAGAGAAGCGCCGACACCUCCCGUCUACAACCAGCUGCUUCAGAAUGAAAGGAGAAGACUAUCGAGGCAAAGUGAACAUCACUGCAACGGGAAUCCCCUGCCAACGCUGGGACUCUCAGAUGCCUCACCGUCACCAUUUCCUGCCUGAGAAAUAUGAGUGCAAGGGCCUUAAGGAGAAUUAUUGCCGGAAUCCGGAUGGCUCAGAGGCCCCUUGGUGUUUCACUAGCCUCCCCAACAUGAGGACAGCCUUUUGCUUGCAAAUCAAACGCUGUGCUGAGGAUGUGCAGACAGAAGACUGUUACCAUGGAAAUGGAGUCGAAUAUCGAGGCACCGUUAGUAAAACCCGGAAGGGAAUCACUUGCCAGAAGUGGAAAGAGCAGUCACCUCACAAACCACAGGUCUUCCCUGUCAUGUUCCCCACUGUGCAUCUUGAAGAAAAUUAUUGCCGCAACCCUGACAAUGACAGCCAUGGCCCCUGGUGCUACACCAUGGAUCAGAAAACUCAGUUUGAUUACUGUGCUAUUAAGCCAUGUGCCGGUGACAAUAAGCUGUCCAACUUGCUGAACCCAGAUAACGUGGUCUUUGACCAAUGUGGCAGGAGGGACGAACGAGUGCAGCUUCGGGCUCGUAUUGUGGGCGGGCGACCUGGGAAUUCGCCUUGGACGGUCAGCAUCCGCAAUCGGGAAUUAGUCCACUUCUGUGGAGGAUCAUUGGUGAAUGAGCAGUGGGUCAUUAGCACACGCCAGUGCUUCUCUUCCUGUGAAGCUGACUUGUCUGGUUACCAAGUCUGGCUUGGGACACUCUUUAGGAACCCUGGUCCCAACGACCCUGACAAACAGGCCAUUCCCAUCUCCAAGAUUGUGUGUGGCCCCUCCGAGUCUCUUCUGGUGAUGCUGAAACUGGAGAGGCCAGCAAUUCUGAAUCAGCGUGUGGCACUGAUCUGUCUCCCCCCUGAGCGUUACAUUGUGCCUGCGAACACCGUAUGUGAGAUUGCAGGAUGGGGAGACACCAGAGGCACUGGUAAUGAAAAUGUCCUCAAUGUGGCCAAGCUGCCAAUCAUGAGCAACCAAGACUGCAAUGUGGCUCUUCGAGGCCGUGUGAAGGAGAGUGAAUUGUGCACAGCACCCUUGAACGUACCUGUGGGGGCCUGUGAGAUUCCCAAGAGGAGGAAGGACCUGCAGAGAGGGAAGGAAGACAGGCGUGACUUUGGAGGCCCCUUGGCUUGCUUGACUCAUGACUGCUGGGUGUUGGAAGGUGUGAUCACCCCCAACCGCGUUUGUGCUCACAAAGAGAAGCCUGCCACCUUCAUCCGUGUCUCCCUUUACGUUGACUGGAUCAACAAAGUAAUGAAGUUGAGCUGAGCUGUGUGGCUGGAACCAACUCAUCAUGAAGCCUUCCUUCCUCCACAAUCACCAUCCUUGAGGUCCUUUAAUAAGGAUCAGUGUUGCCAAAUGGGAGGACAUUUUCCAAGCCAGGCUGUGAACUUUGGGGGAACAUUGUCCUGAGCCUGCCCUUUUGGAACACACAGGCGAUGCUUUUGAAACAAAUGCUGCCAUAACCCAGACACACUUUUCUUCUCCUUCUACAGGAAUAGCUGUCAUCAUGGAAUCACAGGUAUAUCAAUAGAACAAAACACCACCAAACCUAUACAGUAGUAAUUUGUUUGAAUGCAGCACAAUCCCAUGUAUCACAGAAUUGUAGAGUCAGAAGGGACUACAAGGAUCAUCUAGUCCAACCCCUGCAAAGCAGGAAUCUUUUUGCCCAAUGUGGGGCUCAAACACACAACCCUGAGAUUCAGAGUCUCAUGCUCUACAACCUGAGCUAUCCCAGGUGUAUUUAAUUUAAAAAUCAUUUCGAGUCAGGCUUCUACAUUGGUUAUGUACCUUCCAUACAGAAACACAGACUUUCAGAAGGUUUGAACAAAUAAUAUUGGUGUCAUGCUCUCUCCAGCAACAACCCCAUUGCAGUAGCUCUUUUACACACUUUCCCAUCUCUUUGAAGGAAGGUUCCCUCUCUCCCUCCCAGGGACUGUCAUAUAGGCUGAGGCCACACCGCAGGCUCCAUGUCACUGCAUCCCACUAAGCAAGACACCGGGUUUCCUAAGAACUUCCAUCUGUCUGUCUUUCUUGUUACAAAAUAAGUUUCCAUAUUGUUGGUAUUAUUAUUAUGUCAUUAAAAAAGAACUUUGUAAUAAAUUAAUAGUAAUAAUUCA